AUGGAAAACGGAGAAGAGGAUUCUGAAGAUGAUGUGAUCAAAAGGGUACAACCUAUUAAAUGUUGUUCCCUUGAAGUUCAUUCUUCCCGGCCUGCCCCUGGAUGCAGAUACAUGUAUAAGAGGAUAGAAGACAAGUUUAAUUACCUUGAAGAUAGAAUCAUGAAAUAUUCAAAAGCCAUUGUUUCAUCUCAACUUUAUGAGAAACAUGUCGAUCCAUUGGUUGCUUCCCAAGCAUGUUAGCUAUAACUCUAGGAAGAUAUCGGUCAAAACCGAGAGUGUACACAAGAUAUAUGAAAUUCGGACCUGUUCUCUCCCAAAAGUAACUCAUUUUCAUUCUUUUUUAUUAAAAAACCAAAAUACCCUCAUUCUAUAUUUUAAAAUUUUAAAAUACAAACAUUUAAUUACUAUAAAAAAGAUUUUAAAGAUUAUACAUCCUUUAUUCAUAUUAAUCACAUAUGAUUUAUGUGAUUAAAUCAUAAAACCACCACCACCACCUGCCACCACCACCCCACCUAUCAUCCACCAAAACCACCACCACCACCCAUCACCACCAUCCGCCACCACCACAACCACCACUAUCACCCGUCACCACCAUCACCACCACCCACCAACAUCAUCACCACCUACCACCAUCACCACUAAAACCACCACCAACCACCCAUCACCAUUAAAACCACCACCCACCUCCACCAUUCACCACCACCCGCUAUCAUCCACCCAUCAACACCAUAACCACCCAACAACCCACCACUCAACAUAACCACCACUACCUGUCACCACCACCCACCACCUAUAACAUCCACCAACCACCGCAAACCAACUAUCACCCACGACUCCCAUCACCCACCAAUAGUCACCACCACCCAUCUUGAUCCUGCCCUAACUCCACUACUACUACCACCACCACCAUACAUCUCCACCGUACGACCACCACUAACUACCUAUAACCACCAACAU